AUGGAAACUUUCAUUCGAUUGGCAGAUGCCAUAACCGAAUUUGAGAGUGACUACAACAGUACGCCAUUCGAAGAUCAGAAUAAGCAUGCACUUGCAAUACAGCAAGAGGAGCUGAGAGCCAUGUGGAGGAAAACAAAAUCAGCCCAUGAAGCCCUCAUAAACACCGAUUUGACAAGAGAGGAUAGACUAUCUGUAAAAGCCAAAAAUAAGAGUAAUUUUGGCUGCUAUAUGAAGUGCAUGGCUGCAAUAGCGUCUGAUUUAGAAAAGUUAGCGAAAAUUGAGAAAGAAAAUGAAGAUGUGUCUGUUCGGGAGCACAACAUUCAUCUGCCUCCCUGUGACACAGAUAUCUUUAAAGGGGAUUAUCUUUCAUGGCCAUCAUUCAGAGAUAUGUUUACGGCCAUCUACAUUCUCAAUAAGCGCCUUACCCCUGUUGAGAAACUAUUCCAUCUCAAUCAGAAAACUCAAGGUGAAGCUAAAGAAAUCGUGCGAAGGUGUCCUUUAACUAACGAAGGCUUUUCAACAGCCUGGAAAAAUUUAAGCGACCGAUACGAGAAUAAACGUAUUCUGGUCAAUACGCAAUUAAAAAUUUUAUUCAACUUAAACGCAGUUGAGAGCGAUUGCGGUAGCUCUAUUAAAAAACUGCAGCGGGACAUAAAUAAUUGCAUCUCGUCCCUUCGAUGUCAUCAGAUUGACAUUUCUAAUUGGGAUGCAAUUAUAACGUAUUUAUGCUCGACGAAACUGCCAGAAUGCACACUGGCUCUGUGGGAACAAACCAUAGAGAACAAAACAGAGAUCUCAAAAUGGGAAGAUAUGGAUAAAUUCUUAUCCAAUCGGUUUCAGACAUUAGAAACCGUUUCAGGGCUCAAGGGCAACAAAACAGCUAAGACGCCUAAGCCCCAAAACACACGGCAAAUGCCGGAAGCACCUCCAAAGAGACUUGGCGCCUUUCAAGCUAGUGUCGCCAAAAAAUCGUGCACAAUGUGUCAAAAUAGCGAGCAUAAGUUACGACACUGCGAAAGAUUCCGCAAGUUAACCCCUUCCGACAGAAUUGAGUACGUCAAGAGCAAUAAACGUUGUUUGAAUUGCUUGUCAGCCGGACAUACGGUGACAAGGUGCACCAGUCCCUUCAAUUGUAGCGCGUGCCAUUCAAGGCAUCAUACGUUGCUCCACCUACAACAAGCAGUUCAGCCAAAAGCAACAGAUC